ACUUGACCUGCCGACCCGCCCCGUACGACACGAACCGCUCUGUUGCGUUGGCAGUUUGACUGUAAUGAUGCUUCCAGCUGCACUCGCCGUGUUGCUAACUAUCUUCAGCCUCAUUGAGACCAAAGAGAAAGACUUUUAUACUUUUAAAGUUGUGAACAUCAGGGGCAAGUUAGUAUCCCUGGAAAAAUACCGGGGCUCGGUGUCCCUGGUGGUGAAUGUAGCCAGUGAAUGUGGCUUUACAGAAGAGCACUACAAAGACCUGCAGCAGCUCCAGCGGGACUUUGGGCCGUAUCACUUCAAUGUGCUGGCCUUCCCCUGCAACCAGUUUGGGCAGCAGGAGCCCGGCAGCGACAAGGAGAUUGACAGCUUUGUUCGUAGAGUUUACGGCGUCUCUUUCCCCCUGUUCAGUAAAAUCGCCGUCGUCGGAACCGGAGCCAACAAUGUCUACAAGUACCUUGUUGAAUCUUCUGAAAAUGAGCCUGACUGGAAUUUCUGGAAGUAUCUCGUUGAUGUAAAUGGGAAAGUGUUGAAUGCAUGGGGACCAAAGGUUUCUGUCAAAGAAAUCAGACCCAAAAUAGCCGAAAUGGUGCGGCAGAUAAUCAUAAAGAAGAAAGAAGAGCUUUAACCUUUAAGUUUUAAAGAGAUAAAUUGAACAAAUAUGUUUUGCUAGUAGGAUCAGACUUGGUCAGACUAAACCAUUAGCAAGUCCCAUACCAAAAGCAAGUUUCACUUGUUUACUAAAAUAACUGAUGAAACACCACUAUUUUUUUCAAUUUCAAUACCAAGUUUUGUAUCAGAUGUGUGUCAUUUGAAGCUCCAGCUUUGAACCGAAGUUCUUUUUUUCCUGUAUCUGACAUGGAUUAGGUGUAUUGCUGUUUUAUUCAGUCUGCUUUGUUGAAUAAACUUUUACUGCGAUGAAAGAAAAGUA